UGUAUCAGGUUCAAUGGAUUCUCCCUCGUCUACUUUGCCUUCCUGAUGCUCAUCCCGCUGGUGCCCAACCCCACCUACAUCACCAUGAAAGGGCGCACGGGGAGCUUCCUCCGAUCCAUUUACUACUGCAGUUUCCUGAUGCUGCUCCUGCAGUCCUGCUGCCAGAUUGCCUUCCGCUACAUUCCACCCAGAGGGAACCUCUGGGAAACCGUUCUGGGUCACUUUGGCAUCCUCAGGCUGAGCCAAGUUGAUGCAUGGAACAUUGUCCGACUCCUGGCCUCCGACAUAGGGAUGUUCUUCUCCGGGUACUUCAUCAGAAGAGCCUGCAAGAAGCUGGUCAAAGUGGGGGCCCCUAAACUCAGCUCUCAAACCAACAGUCAGGAGGAAGAGGAGGAAUCCCCGUCGGAGAGCGAGACAGAGGAAAGCGAAGGAGAGACCGAUUUCUCCACGGAAGAGAACUUGGCCGACAAGGCUUCCAAUGACUUCCGGGCCAAGUUGAUCGAGAAGAUCACGCCCAUUAUAUCAGCAGUCAAAGCCCUGGUCGAGGCUCUCUUCAACACAGCUGGGAAGGUGGUGGUGACGCUCCUGCUGGGUUUCUCAGGGGUCACUCUUCCCUCCAUAACUUCUGCUGUCUACUUUUUCACCUUCCUCUGGUUGUGUUCAUGGUGGGCGUCUAACCACAGUGUUAGCCUUGUGGUGUUCAGCAGCCUCUGUGUCAUGGCUGCCAUCUUCAGUGCUGGCCAUCUCACCGCCCUAUACCUGUACCAGCUUCCAGUCUUUCAGGAGUUAAUUCCUCCUCAAGACCUCUAUGCCAGACUUUUUGGCAUGACUGCCAUCAUCAGGACCAAUAGUACCCAAUCGUGGAUCAUCCAUCUUCAUCAUGACUUACAGUGGCCGGUCUUCCUCAACCCGCUCAUUCUGCUGCUCAUGUACUAUACUCUAGUCAUGCUUCUGGAUCAGUGGAACCAGAUCCCUGUGGUCUAUUGUGAGCAGGAAACCGAGAAGGACAUGGCGGCCUCACACUCAAAGGAACAUCAACAACUGGAUGGAAUGUUAUGGCCUUCCCACGCGGAAAUGUUACAAACCGAAUACCUUUCCCACAACGGCUGGCAGGAUCUUCCCUUAUUAAAGUGCGAGCACCUACAGGGUCAAACUGAUUUCUCCGUGCCCAUUUAUUCCCAAGAGGUAGACACCACCGAUGAGGUGUCAGAAACUGAGGAGACCAAGGAGGUCCCAGAGAAGGAGGCAAAGCCCGGGGGCCUGGUGGUACUGGGAGAGUUUCUAAUGAGACAAAGCUACGUCAGUGCAUUAAUAGUCAUGAUGAUCUGGAGCAUCACGUACAACAGUUGGCUGACGUUCGUUCUGCUCCUCUGGUCCUGCGUCAUCUGGAUGAUGAGAGACCGGCGCCGCUACGCCAUGCUCAGCGCUCCAUUUCUGGCCCUGUAUGCCAACAUCCUGGUCAUCCAGAACUUCUUUGUGGGGCUCAGUCUGUCUCAGGAGGAGCUGUUCCCGGGGAUCCCCAACGCUAUACUCAUUGAUUUCGACCUGAAACCCUACACGUUGCCAUGUACACAUCUUAUGGUCAAGAUAAUGUACGCUUUCACGUUCUGGAUACUGUUGCGCCAGAACCUCAAGGAGCGUCACCAAAAGCUGAAAGAAGAAGAACUGAAAGAGGUGCUGGUGGAUGAGACAGAGACCGAGCAGUCGUCGUCUACCUUUAUGGACAUGCUGGGCUCCCUUAUCAGGGCCAUGCUGGUCAAGUACUGGAUUUACUUUUGCGGGGCUAUGUUCUUCGUCAUCAGCUUUCGGGGCAAGGUCGUGGUCUACAAGAUCCUGUACAUCGUCCUUUUCCUGUUCUGUGUGACCUUAUACAAGAUUCACUAUGAAUGGUGGAGAAGAAUACUCAAGUAUUACUGGAUCGCCGUUGUCUCAUAUUCCAUGCUGGUCCUCAUUACUAUCUACGUUUACCAGUUUAAGACCAUCUCUGGAUUUUUCCUUCAGAUCCUUGGGAUGUCAGAAGAAGGCCUAAAAGACUUGGGUUUGGAGCAGUACAGCACCGUGGAGCUUUUUACUGGAAUUUUAAUGCCUUCCUUGUUCCUUCUGGCCUGCAUCCUGCAACUCUACUACUUCCACGAUGACUUCCUCAAGCUCACAGAUCUGAACAACAUCCCCAUUAACCAAGGAGGUGUAGCCGACAGCAAGAAGAAAAUGGAAGGUCGUGUUCUUCUUCUGGCUAAUGUGAUAAAGGAAAUCUUCGGGAAUCUCCACAACAAGUUAGGAAAAAACAAUGAGAACAGUGUGAGCCAAAACACCCUGGACAAAAUAGACAAUAUAACCAUGGAUGAGCAUGUGGUGAGGGACAGCCAGGAGUUUGCAGAUGGAAAAGCCAACCGAUGGCUUCUAGUGAUUGACAAGGUGAUGUCGGUGCUUCUGUUCUUGCUGGGCUUCAUCCAUGACACGGAGGUCCUUGUAUGGAGACUGUUGGAACUGCAUAUUAUCAAGAUUGUGUCCUCUAUCAUUAUCUGGAUCACACUUCAAGAGGUGUCCCUGAUGAACUGUCUGUUCUACAUGCCAUGGGUGUUUGCCGUUCCUUUCUCUUUCCUCCGACCCUACGCUUCCAAUAUCUCCACCGUUUGGUCGUGCAUCAUGGUCAUCUUCAAGAUGAUGUACCAGCUGAAAUUUGUUAAACCUCUGGAAUACUCUUCCAACUGCACAGAGAGCCUAUACCGCAAUGGGACUCUCUACAGCCCAAUCAGUGAGGAGCUGCAGCAGAAAUCUGAUCUAUAUGUCGCCCCAGUGGACCCUGCCUUGUGGUGUGGGGGGCUACGGAAAUGUACAGACAGUGUUUUACCCUGUAUACAGAAUCACCUGACCAUCCUGGUAUUAUUGGCCAUUGAAUCCACAGUGUACCGACACCAGCUGUAUUACCGCGUCCACAACCAGCUCCGCACCCCCAUCACAGGGAGCAUCUUUGACAACAUCACGCGGAGGCAUCUCGACGAAGGACUUCUAAACUGCAUCAAAUACUUUGUGAAUUAUUUCUUCUACAAGUUUGGGCUGGAGAUCUGUUUUGUGAUCUCGGUGAAUGUCAUUGGGCAGAGAAUGGACUUCUAUGCAGUUCUUCAUGCCUGCUGGAUGUUGUACCUGCUCUAUCUGCGCCGGAGGAAAACCAUUGCCGAAGUCUGGCCAAAUUACUGCUGUUUCCUGGCCACUAUCAUGACUCUUCAGUACCUGCUGUGCAUCGGCGUCCCACCUGCGUUUUGUUCAGACUACCCAUGGAGAACCUCCUCCUGGUCACCCAGUUCCAACCUCAUCAAGUGGUUCUACCUCCCUGACUUUGCAAAAAGUCCCGACCCUGGAUUCUUGAUCUACGACUUCAUGUUGCUUCUCUUGGCAUCGCUCCAGUGGCAAGUGUUUGAGGAUGAAAACCUGGCCUGUUUCAGGUUGUUGGCUGGGGACAACAUAGAAAUCAGCAGGGAUCUGGAUCCGGCAGACCUUUCCCAGUACAGCCCUGUGCCUAACUUCAUCCACUGCCGAUCAUACUUGGACAUGGCCAAAGUUGUGGUCUUUAGCUUCCACUUCUGGUUCGUCCUCUGCCUCAUCUUCAUCACGGGGACAACUCGCAUUAAUAUCCUGUGCAUGGGAUAUCUGAUCGCUUGCUUCCACUUCAUGUUGUUCGGGGGAACUCUUCUACUGAAACCAGUGCGCCACGUACUGAGGCUUUGGGACUAUCUCAUCGCCUACACGGCGCUGGUCAUUGCUACGAAAAAUCUGCUCUCGAUUGGGGCAUGUGUCUACCUCCAUAAGCUAAUGAAGAACAACUGCUGGCUGAUUCAGACCUUCAGUAUGUUCUGUACUAUUAAGGGAUAUGAGCUGACAAUUGCAUCUGAUGUAGACUGUGAGUUGCCCGAGAACGAGGCGGGAAUAGUGUGGGAUGCCAUCUGCUUCACCUUCCUUCUCAUCCAGCGUCGCGUCUUCACCAGCUAUUAUUUCCUCUACGUCGUGGCAGAUGUCAAAGCUUCCAAGUUACUUGCUUCCAGAGGUGCUGAACUUUUUGAAGAGAAAGUCAAGAAGAUGGUGGCAGCUCGACUGGAGGAAGAGAAGAAGUGUGCGCAGUCCAUGAAGAAGCAAAUGGAGCAGAUCAAGUCCAAGCAGAAGGCCCCCAAAAUUGAUAAAGGCACUGAUGAAAAUGUUGGGUGUGCAGUAGAGGAAAACUCUGAGCCUUCACCUAGAGAUGACAGUGAUAAAAAAGAUAAAGAUGGAAAAAAGAAAUGGUGGCAACCUUGGGUCACCCAUACCACUAUGGUGCGUAGUGGGAGUUACAGCCUGUUUGACACAGACAGUGAGGAUGAGGAAGAAGAGAUGCGCGAAGAGAAGCGAGAGGAGGAACCACCAAAGAGGAAAUCAGCAUUUCAGCUGGCCUAUGAAGCCUGGACCGUAGGUUCCAAAUCUGCACUGAAGCUGCGUCAGAACGAUGAGAACACCAUGCGGGAGCAGAUCCGCAAGGAGAUGGAGAAGAAGAGUGGGGAAGGGAAACUAGAGGAACUUCUAGAGGAGACCGAAGAGACAGAAUCAGAAGAAGCGAAUAAAGAAAGACCAGACAACGCCAUUCAGAGAAUCGUCAACAUUGCCCGGUUUUCAUGGAUCUUCAUUCAAGCUCUGGCCGACGACACCAUCGAGACACUAAAUGCUUUCUGCAAGAGCAGCGUCGACAUUGCGUCUGUCCUGAGAAUGGAGAGGUGCAUGCUGCAGAGGAACCUCGAUAAAGGAAAAGAAGCCUCCCAGGGCAGUAUAGCCGAGUACUACAAGGCAAAACAGCUCUCUCGGACCCAAACGCUGACCAGUGAGGACAACGAGGAGUCAGCAGGAGAAGAAACCACACAGAACAAGAAGCUGGAGCUAUGCAAGUUCCUAAGCAUGGAAUCCCAGCAGUCCCAGGACAGUUUCCUUUCAAGCUGCCCCACGGAAGAUAUGGUGCUGUCUUUUGACGAAUCAUUGGGACCUGAGGAGAACCAGAGGGUUCGGGGGCCUAAGCGCAUGUUGGCAUUCGACUCCACCUCCCUCGAUAGUCUGGAUUCAAGACCAGAAGGACAUGGAGAGCAGAAGGAGGACGAGGAAUAUGAUGGAGAAGAUGAAACGUCAGAACACACAAAGACCGACAUCCCCCCCUCCUACAGCACGGUGAUUGCCAAGGGGGACCUGGAGUCUUCUGAGCCAGAGGAUGUGCCCCAGGGGGAGGGCAAAUACUUUAGACCCCUGGCAGAGGUCCCACAACUGCUGACAGCCAGUGAGCUCCUACUCAACAAGAUGUAUUACGAUGAGGAGCUGGAGGAAUCGGAGAGGUUCUACCAGAUGUUGCCCCGCCCACUUCGCGUCUGCCUUGCUCUGUACAACACCAUUGUGUCCAAGUCGGAAAUGCUCUGCUAUUUUGUGAUCAUUCUGAACCACACGGUGUCGGCCUCUAUCCUCUCGCUCAUCUUGCCCAUUCUCAUCUUCCUCUGGGCGAUGCUCUCUGUGCCCAGGCCGACCAAGCGCUUCUGGAUGCUGGCUAUCAUUUAUACUCAGAUUACAGUCGUCAUCAAGUAUUCCUUCCAGUUCGGCUUCUUCCCAUGGACCUCCACCGUGUACCGGAGCAUGAACGCCGACAAACCUUUCCACCUGCCCAACAUUAUCGGCAUCGAGAAGAAAGACGGCUACGUGCUCUUCGACCUCAUCCAGCUCCUCGCUUUGUUCUUACACAGAUCUAUACUGAAGUGCCAUGGGCUUUGGGACCACAAAGAGGUUUCUCUGCCCGAGUCCAAGAGGAAGAGGAAAAGCAAGAAGGGGAAGAAGCGCGGGAGCAAAGGGGACGAGGACCCCAAUUCAGGGAUGGUACCGUGGCACCUAUUCAAGCACCAGAACCCCUCCAAGAACGUGUUCCGGAAACGCAAAGUGUCGCAAAUGGCGGCCGAGGAAGGGAAAACCCAGAAGAAAGAAGCGAAGAGGAAAUGGAAAUGGUUCCGGUGGAACCACAAAAAGAAACGUCAGCCCAUAAGGCAAAAGAUAAAGCAGCAGUGGAUCAAAGUCAAGAAGAUCACCAUGAAAAUAGCACUUCAGAUCUACCUGCCCAUUCGCCAGUUUUUCUAUGACAUCAUACAUCCCGAGUACAGUCCUGUCUGCGACGUCUACGCCAUCAUGUUUCUUGUUGAUGCCAUCAACUUCAUCAUUGUCAUCUUCGGGUACUGGGCAUUCGGGAAACACUCAGCUGCUGCUGAUAUCACAGAGUCUUUGUCGGAGGACCAAGUGCCCGAAGCUUUUCUUGUGAUGCUCCUCCUGCAGUUCGGCACCAUGAUAGUGGACAGGGCCAUCUACCUGCGCAAGACCAUGUUUGGAAAGUGUGUUUUCCAGGUGGUUCUGGUGUUUGGGAUCCAUUUCUGGAUGUUUUUCAUCCUCCCGGGGGUGACAGAAAGGAGGUUCAACACAAACCAGGUCCCCCAGUUGUGGUACUUUGUGAAAUGUUUGUACUUCGGCCUCUCCGCCUACCAAAUCAAGUGUGGCUACCCCAACCGCGUCUUGGGCAACUUUCUGACCAAGAGUUACAACUUCAUCAACCUCUUCCUGUUCCAGGGGUUCCGGAUGGUUCCCUUUCUGACGGAGAUGAGGGCAGUGAUGGACUGGAUUUGGACGGACACCACCCUGAGCUUGUCCAGUUGGAUCUGCGUGGAGGACAUAUACGCCAAUAUCUUCAUUAUGAAAUGCUGGCGAGAGUCUGAGAAGAAAUACCCCGAGCCCCCCGGGCAGAAGAAGAAAAAGAUCGUUAAGUACGGCAUGGGUGGAGUCAUUAUUUUCGCCCUGAUCUGCAUCGUCUGGUUCCCGCUCCUCUUCAUGUCGCUGGUGAAAUCCGUGGCAGGGGUGACCAAUCAGCCGUUAGAUGUCUCCAUUAAGAUCAGUAUCAGCGGCUACGAGCCCUUGUUCACCAUGAGUGCCCAGCAACAAAACCUUGUGCCCUUUUCUUCGGUGGCCUACAAUGAACUGACCUACAGAUACGCCCUUCACCCGUCUGCGAUGCAAUUCAUAGUCAACUACAUGCCCGAGGACAUCGUUACUGCCAAAAUAAAGAGCAACGCCAGCCUCCUGUGGAGCAUCAGCCCGGCCAGCCGGGAGGCCAUGAUUGAGGAAUUGUCCAACUCAACGCGCAUCUACUUUGACAUCCACUGGAGUUUGCUCAGAAACGCAUCCAUUGUGAAGAGCGCCGAGACCUCUGGGAAGCACACGGUUUGCUACGAAGAUGCAGAGACCAGGGAUCAGAUUGUGCAGAUGCUGCGGGGGGAGCGCAGCGAGCCGGUGAUGCUGCGGAACAUCUUGCCCAAACAUUUCCGAGCCAACGCUGGUUCCGAAGCCAAAAUCGCACACCGGCUGAUAACAGCCCAUUCGGAGAAGCCCGAGGAUGUACAGAAAUACGCCUUCUUCCGCAACCUGACGCUGAAGUUAGAGACGGCUUCGCUUAACUCCUCGUCCAAUCAAAUGACGGAAUGGUGGCUGAUCCAGGAAUGGGCCCCGGCCUGCGCUCCGGCCGGCUGCAGCCGCACUAUAGAACUAAUCACGUACAAUGAUAAGGCGAGUCCCCAAAGCCUGGGCUUCCUGGCGGGAUACGGCAUCGUCGGCCUCUACAUGUCCGUCGUCCUGGUCAUCGGCAAAUUCAUCCGGGAAUUCUUCAACGGGAUCUCGCGUUCCAUCAUGUUCGAGGAGCUGCCCAACGUGGAUCGGAUCCUGAAACUCUGCACCGACAUCUUCCUGGUGAGGGAGACCGGCGACCUGGACCUGGAGGAGCAGCUCUUCGCUAAACUCAUCUUCCUCUACAGGUCUCCCGAAACCAUGAUCAAGUGGACCAGGGAGAAACACGAGGAUUAAUGCCCCGGGGGGGGGUAUUAGAGACUGGGGCGAAUGGAACAAAUACGCUCGGCAGGCGUUGCAUUCGAACAAAUGAUUUGUAUUCUGCUGAAAAGCAUUAAUAAAAAGGUUACAAAGAGAAAA